AUGCUCGAGGAGGAUUGCUCGUCGUCUUUCCUUCCCUCGAAGAUGCUCGGAGCCGAAGAAGCCGUGAUGUUCAUCUUCGCCGUGGUCGUCAUGGUCUUGGUGAAGCGGUGGAGACGCGGUGGCCGGUUCCUUGAAGACCGAGUUUGUGACGAGAACGACGCUGAUGAGGAUGCGGAAGACGAAGAAGAUGCCGCCGCCGCCGCCGCCGCGCAAGAGGCUGCAGAGGAGAACGAGCGCGUGAUCACAUUGGAGGAAGAGAAUUCGACACUGCGGUCGUUGAACGAUCGUCUUGAUGGGGAGGUAUCGGCGCUUCGGGACCAGCGCGAGCUCGCAGAGAGGGACCAUGCCCAGGAGCUUCAGUUGCUUGAGGGUGUCCACCAAGAGGUUUUGGGCCAACUCGAUGAAGAGCAGCGACAGCGUAUCGUCUUCGAAGGGGCCGUGGAAGCUCAGCGGGAGGCGCACAGGAACCAGGUCGCGGCAAUGCAGCGGAGGCGACAGGCAGAACUGGCUUCCGAGCGCCAGCAGCAUCAGGAGAACCUGGAUCAAGCGCACGAGCUGCUCGCCACCAGAAACAGGGACAAUGAGGUGUUGGUGGAACAAGCUGCAGCCGCAGAGCGCACUUUCGAGGAAAUGCGCAGGUGCGUGUACUAUAGUAGUGCCUCAACUCGUCGUUCACAUGCAAAGUGCCAUGCAUGGACAACAGCACUCGGUCGAGACUCUUUGCUCCUGUGCCGUAACCUCUCAUUCUCUGCCCUCGUUGCGCUCCACCGCAACAAUAGGGAACGACAGGCGGCGGCGAUGGCGGCAACGCAGCUGCAGGAAGAACAGCAGCUGGCUGCCGUCCGCCUGAGCGAGGAGAACCAGGCCAGGCUAGCUGCAGUGCGCGAGGAGCUGGCUACCAGUGACAACGAGAAGGCCGUAUGGACGCAACGGGCUACGGUCGCCGAGCGUCGGGUUGACGAGAUGCGAAGGUGGGUGUGUUCAUGUCCCGAUCACCGUCGUUUACGAAUUUUUAGCGUCACGCGUAGAAACCAGAACUCGGUCGAGAUUCCUUGCUCCUGUGCCACAGCCCCCCUCGAUUGCCCUUACAUCGCCUUCGUUCUCCACCGCAACAACAGGGAGCGAGAGGCGGCGGCGAUGGCGGCAACGCAGCUGCAGGAAGAACAGCAGCUAGCUGCUGUCUGCCUGAGCGAGCAGGACCAGGCCAGGCUGGCUGCAGUGCGCGAGGAGCUGGCUACCAGCGACAACGAGAAGGCCGUGUGGACGCAACGGGCUACGGUCGCCGAGCAUCAGGUUGAAGACAUGCGCAGGAGGACAGCGGAAGCGGCAGGUCAGAGGGAAGCGCCGACGUUCAAUGCGGAUGUAAACGAGACUUCUGCGACUUCGAGCAAAGUCCAGCAACACCGACUGGCCGGCUACGAAAAGAUGGCCACCCACACCAAGCCACUGAUCGAGGGCGUCCAGGCGUGGAGCGACAAAUCGGUGAUCAUCACCAUCGACAACUGCGGGAACUGCUAUCAGAGCAGUUGGUUUCUAGUGACCAUUCUGUGGGCUGUCCAGUGCCCGCAACGACUCCGGGAGCUGAUCAUCAAGCUCCUGCGCGGGUACGCCCAGGAUGGGGCAUUGGUUCACGUUCCGCCGCACUACCAGCGGUACGUCGAGGCCGUGUUCCUUUUCCUCAUGACCACGCAGAAGUGCUGGGGGUACCACACCAGCUUCCCCGAGAACGACGACGGUGGCGACGACUUCGGCAUCCAGCAGGCUGUACGCAUCGUCCAGAUACUCAAGGACGUGAGCGGUUUGGCAACGGGGACCGUAGAGGGAGGAUGCAACGAGGACUCCCUGGGGCUUCAUCUAAAACGGGGGAUGGCCAUCGUGGCUCGCGCGUUCGACGUGUCGUGGGCUAACCGCAACGGCUUCUCGGACAUGGACAUCGUGGCCACCCUCCACCAGUCCAUGGAGUUCGAUGUUGGGCUCCAGCUUACCCUGAUGAAAAGCGCCCAAGAAGCCGUGGGAGGCGCCCACCACCCCCCCUCCACGCUGCCGCCUUACGUGCCGCAAGAUAUCAUGCGCCCUGCCUGUAGCUUGGGCUACAUUGUCGGGAUGGCGAUGGACGACAAGGGCAACAACGGCCACUCAAACAGGACAGACCUGACGGACACGUACGCUAGUAUUGCGACCGAAGCGGCGGAGGCCCAGGGUCGCCCGAAUCACACCAGCAUCGCCGGCAUUUUGGUGUGGAAGGCCUCUUGCCCGCACUACAACGUGCACGUUCAGUCCGGGGCGCUGGCCAACGCCCUCGCCUCCACGUUCGGCUUAGACCUGAGCGAAGGCGACGCUGUCGCCUCUGCUGAGCUUCGGGAGGGCUCUCGCUGGCAGCGAGAGAACGCGAUGGGCAUCGAUGGUGCAAUCGACCCCGACGAGCUAGCGCUGCUCAUAGCGGAGGCACGGAAGGUGGAAGCCACCGCGUCGAACCCACAGGACAGCUACGCCGCCCCCGCCGCCGCCGCAUCGUCGCCAGCUCCUCUUGCAGCCGCGAACCGUAACGACGCGCAGUGGACGCUGCCGGGGACCAACGGCGGCGUCAAUGCAUCUUCAGAACGAUGGGAGACGAGCAACAGGAAGAAGAAGAAGAAGAAGAAGAAGAAGAAGAAGAAGAAGAACGGCGCCCAGGAGCAGCAGGCACGCAGGAGCACAAGGCCACCGUGAAGCCCUUGAAGAGGGGCUGCACGGCCUUGGUUUUGCUUGGUGGGUGCGCGAUCGCGAGAUCGCGUUUAGAUUGUCUCAAAUGAAUUUUCCACACUGGCCCGAACACAAAUACUUUCAGUAUUCGGCCUAUCUCUCUUAUCAUGAAUACUCCACGUGGGAGAUUCAUGACAAGCCGACAGCUCACGUCACUGGCAACAGUGAUAUUGGUGUGUUCUACAACUGCAACACGAACUGACACAGCCAACGGUGAUCGGAGAGGUGUUAUGAGCUUAAGGGUUCUUUUUCCAUGUCAGCCGGAAGACUAAAAAAGACAACAGAAAAUAUCGGGUACUACUGUUAGGGGUGCCGAUCGGGCCGAUUUUGGCGGCAAAAAAGUGAACGGUCUAUUCGAGGAUUUUCGGAAAAAAGGGGGGGGCACGCGCAUUGUUGGUUCUCAGCCUGCUCUUGAAAUCAUACCGAUCAAAGUAUACUUUAUCCUCCGUAUGUUUGUUCAAGAGUCCCUGCGUCCAGGCAGCGAUGUGGCUCUUCAUACGUUACACACAUCUGGAGACAGGUCAUCUACACGUGACUGCGGGUUCGUUUUCUACUGACGUUCAAAGGGCGGGCGAACAACGCAGAUCACCCUACGAAAUUCGGUUUGAAGGCUCACGCUCGUGGCCGCGUUUGGUGAUCGUAGAAGAGCGGAUCGGCAGCGCACAGCGUCGGGUUUUCAGCGACACAACGCAAGAAACCG